AUUGAAUCGGCCGUAAUGUACGCUAGUGUAGGUCACGUGACAGUGCGGCAGCUGUAUUGUCGUGUUUGAGCAGCUAACCCUCAGUGUCCUGUGUAGCCGCAAUCAAAACCGACGAUUAAACCCCUCAGCUCUGGAGACGGGUACAGCAGGUAACGUUACAAUCGCUGGACGUUCUUAACUCUUCUAAACGGUGUAAUCAAGCAUAGUAUCCGAACUUCUUCUGUGGGUCAGAGCGGUCUACCUAUCCAUAUCAAAUGGAUAAUGGGGACUGGGGGCAUAGGUUGACUCACCCAGUCACCUUAAAUGUCGGAGGUCACCUCUACACGACCUCUGUCUCCACUCUUCAACGUUACCCAGAUUCCAUGCUGGGCGCCAUGUUCCGUGGCGACUUCCCCACCACGCGGGACGCUCAGGGAAACUACUUCAUCGAUCGGGACGGGACGCUUUUCCGCUACAUAUUAAACUUCCUGCGUACAUCCGAGCUCACUCUUCCUGUUGACUUCAUGGAGAUGGACCUUCUGCGUAAAGAAGCUGACUUCUAUCAGAUCGAGCCUUUAAUACAAUGCCUCAAUGACCCAAAACCUCUGUACCCGCUGGACACUUUUGAGCAGGUGGUGGAGUUGUCCAGCACCCGCAAGCUGUCUAAGUACUCAAACCCAGUAGCGGUUAUUAUCACACAACUAACCAUAACCACCAAGGUCCACUCGCUACUUGAGGGAAUAUCCAACAGCUUCACCAAGUGGAACAAACACAUGAUGGACACAAGAGACUGUCAGGUGUCUUUCACCUUUGGACCAUGUGACCAUCAUCAAGAGGUGUCUCUAAGGGUCCACCUCAUGGACUACAUCACCAAACAGGGAUUCACCAUUCGAAACACACGGGUGCACCACAUGAGUGAGCGUGCCAAUGAGAACACAGUGGAGCAUCACUGGACUUUCUGCCGACUAGCAUAUAAAGUAGAAGACUGACAAAUUUAUGAAUGUCAAAUGUGGUUGCUGCUGUUUCCAAUGCGAUGUUUUAAUAUGUAGAAAUUCCAUUGUCAUUUGAGGCCAAGCAAAAGAAAAAGGGAAUGAAAUGUUCAAGAUUUGUUCAAAAUGAAAGCAUCAAAAUGAUAUAUGAUAUAAAAUGAUAUAUGAUAUAAAUACAUAUUCAGAUGAUACUCAAGCAUUGUUCAGUAAUCUAUGGACACCUUGACCAUGUAAAAAAACAAAAAAAAAUUGAUUCACCAGAAAAUGUUUCAGGUAUUCAGUCAUUCCAUCAGAUGAGAAAUCUGUCAAACAUUGUGCACUAUGUGCAACAUCAAGAUGUUAGAGUGCAUGUAUUUCUAACACAUUCUUUAAGUAUUAAAUGUCCACAUGCUGUAAAUAGAAAUAAAUUUCAUUGAUUUGUUCAUCAGUUUCAUUUCAAAAAGAAACAAAAAGUAUCAGCAUGAGCCAAUUGUCUUAUUUUAGACUAUCUAUUGAGAGCACUUAAAAAUAUAAAUCAUAGAGAGGCUUUUUUCAAAGUUAAAUUGUUAUAUAUCAUAGUUAAAUGUUUAUAUGCUUAAAUACUUUUUUUUUUACCCCCAAUGCCAAAGACUGUAUAAAAAGGACGUCAGCCCUCUCUUAUAUCAGAUUUGGUAGAGUCCAGCCAGCGGACCUAUCAGAACACACUAAUCAUGACGUUUACGCCGCCAUGUUGUAUAUUCCUGUUCUGUCAGCGCAGUGGAUACAUGCGUUAAGUGCAAGAUCAGUGUUGAAGGGCACAACUGAGCAGAUGUUGUAUUCUAGCGAUUACAACUCAUUUUUAUUAGUGCAUGUUAUUGUGCUGUGCUUUAGAAGCGUCUAGCUGGUAAUUGUGUUUUGAAAGAAAGAUGUUCAGAAAAAGUCGGAACCUAAAAUAUAUAUUAAGUCUUGUACCUGGAAAAAGACGUUUUGGAACGUACAGAUUUUUGCCAGUGUUCUUUUGUAUCGGGGGUGUCAUGGAGUGGAUCAUGAUUAACGUGAGAAUAGGACGAGAAACGUUUUAUGAUGUCUACAGAAGAAAACAAUCGGAGAGGGAAUACCAACACAAGAUUGAUGGGGGCUUGAUUGUUCUGAAGUCUGAAGCCAAAUGAGGACACACUGGAAAUACACGAUCAUCGUGAUGAGGAGACUGAAACCAACACUUUUGCACACUAACACACUUUUGAUAUAAUUCAAAAAUGGGGAUACUAAUAUACAUCAACUGUAAGGCAGCAGUGACAGGGACUGCGCAACUGAGGACAGAUGAUGUGCAAAAGACUGCCAGUGUGUUUCUGUGAGGAAGGUGCAAUUUUUGUAUUGACUAAGAUAAAGAUGUUAUUUACGCAAUAAAAAUGGUCUGUUCUGUGAUUCAAACUAA